UUCUCCCCUUUAUAAUACUCUCAUGGCUGAUUUCAUUCACAAUUCUUGCUCAUCAAUUCACGUUUACUGAGUUAACUCACUGACUCACAUACUCUCUGCUCAGUCCUCACACAAAAAUGGUUCACAGAAUGGAUUCCGAUCAGGACUUUCCAUCCUCAUCCAAAUCAUGCCGCAAGAAAUCAAAGUUGAAGACAGAUUUUGGCGAUGAUAAAUUUAAAUUUCUCGCUAAACGACCUAAGUUUGAUUUCUCCAAUCAGACUAACGAUAAUGGUGGAGCUGGAAUUGAAAUUGGAAAAGGGGGUACAGAGUAUAAUCCAUUGGAAGAGCCAAGUCCAUUAGGUUUAAAGCUAAGGAAAACGCCGUCGUUUUUGGAUUUGAUUCAAAUGAAGUUGUCACAAGAGAGGAAUGCUUCUUUAUCAAAAUCGAAUGCUACGAAAGAAAAAGAAAAGGGUGUUGCUGAAAAUAAGCUUAAGGCUUCCAAUUUCGUCGCUACUUUACUCAAAAUUGGCACCUGGGAGUAUAAGUCAAGAUACGAAGGCGAUUUAGUUGCCAAGUGUUACUUUGCAAAGCAUAAGCUCGUUUGGGAAGUUCUUGAUGGUGGACUUAAGAAUAAGAUCGAGAUUCAGUGGUCUGACAUCAUGGCUUUAAAAGCAAACUGCCCUGAUGAUGAACCUGGGACACUUGAUGUAGUGCUUGCUAGGCAACCACUUUUCUUUAAAGAAAUCAAUCCACAGCCAAGGAAGCACACUUUGUGGCAAGCUACUACAGAUAUUACCAGUGGACAGGCUUCCAUCCAUAGGCGUCAUUUUCUGCAGUUUCCCCCUGGUAUAUUGGGAAGGCAUUUUCAGAAACUUAUUCAGUGUGAUCCUCGUCUCAACUCCCUAAGUCAACAGCCACAGAUAAAUUUAGAUAAUCCAUAUUUUCAACCAAGGGUUUCAAUAUUUAGUGAUCAAAGUGAUCAUGAACAUGGUUUUGAAGUCAAAACUGAAAGUAAAUUCAGUUUGUCAGGCAUCAGGAAUAUAGUUUCAGGGGUGUCUUUUUCAGAUAUUGGCUCUCACACACAGUACUCUGGGAAAAAUCCUCCGGCCCUUGCAGAAACUUAUGUAAUGGAUGGAGAAGUGAGCAGCAAAUGUGAAGAAAUGCAUGGACUCAGACUUCUGAACCAGAUCAAACUUCCUGGUCUUCGCCCAUCCAUGUCGGUAGGAGAUCUUGUAAACCAUAUUGGUGACUGUAUCUCGGAGCAGAUGAGAUCCGAGCAUCCUGAUACUUCAGUUGACGAAACCCAAAAGUUUGAAAUCCUCGAGGAAAUCACUCAGUACCUGCUUAAUGACACACAAAGCUUAACAAGUUCGGAUGAAAAGGCGAUUAUGUCAAGGGUGAAUUCCCUUUGUUGCCUUCUGCAAAAGGAGGACAAGAGAGUGCAGAACCUUCCGGUGAUCAAUUCAGAGAAUAUAGGAGACCCAACAGGGGGAAAUAGUCGACAAGAUGUCCCGCCAUUGCAUGAAACUCGAACUACAAACAGUGUUCUUGCAGCAGGAAUUGAGAUUGGUGUAGGGGAUGACCAGCAACAAGACGCAAGCAUGUCGAGGAAAGAUUCGGUUGGCGACUUGCUUCUCCAUCUUCCAAGGAUAGCCUCGCUGCCUCAGUUCCUGAUCCCGUAAAGCUCUAGAAUCUAAGACCAGAUUUCAUAACUAGAAAACAUGUUUAAGAUAGACUAUGUUGGUGAGUUGGUUCUCCAUCUUCUAAAGAUAGCAAUCUGACUUGGUUCCUGAUCUCGUAAGACACAGGAGACUGAGGCAGAUAGCACAUUAGCUGCUGCUCUUUAGGCCUUGACAAACUAGAACAGUGUAAAACUCCUGCACAUACCUGCUUUUGUAUCUGAAUAUGAUGAACCUGGACAAACUUUGUUUAUAGAUCUUCUCAGAAAACAGAUCAAACUGGUUAUUCUCCAUGUGAUUUGACCUGUUCUAAAGUUUGAUUCUAUCUAUUCAUAAAAUUAGCCCCAAUCAAAUACUUUUUGUGACAUUACGAAUGGGGUUUGUAUCGGGUCGCCUUCGUCUUAGGUAGACAAAUCCUUGAUCGGGAACAAUGUGUUUACGCGAGGGGAAGAACACAAUUUUCCAUCAAAGAUGUGUAUAUUGUUCAUCUCGUUGAACAUUGUAAAGGCUUUAAAAAAAUUGUGCGUUGUAAAGGUAUAAAAAAUCGUAUUUUGAGUUAUUUUAAGGAAUAUUUCAUCCUUUCCGCCGA